GAGACAGAGAGUGAGAGACAGAGAGAGAAGAUUGCCAGAGGCUCCUCGCCUUCACGUUAUGUGGUGGACACAGUGCCUGUUGGAUGCCAACCCACACUGAGGGUGAAAAAGAAAUGGAAGUUUUUCUGGCCUUGGCUCUGGCCAUCUCCUGGCUUCUGUGUACAGACACUGUGGCCAGUGACUCCAUCAUCCACAUAGGUGCAAUCUUCGAGGAAUCUGCCAGAAAGGAUGACAAGAUGUUUCGCUUGGCUGUCGCUGAUGUGAAUAUGAAUGAAGAGAUUUUGCAGAACGAGAAAAUAACCUUCUCUGUCCGAUUCGUGGAUUCCAACAAUCCAUUUCAAGCUGUUCAAGAAGCCUGUGACCUGGUGUCACAAGGGAUUCUGGCUCUCGUCAGCUCCACUACCUGUGCACCUUCGGCCUCGCUCCAGUCCCUGGCGGAUGGCAUGCACAUUCCUCACCUCUAUAUCCAGAGAGCCACGGCUGGGACUCCGCGCUCGCGAUGUGCCAUCACGAGGAACACCAGGAGCAAUGAUUACACGCUGUCCGUCCGACCCCCAGAUUAUUUCAAUGAAGUUAUUCUUAAAGUUAUCACUGAAUUCUCCUGGCAGAAGUUUAUGAUCUUCUACGAUGGCGCCUACGACAUUCGGGGGAUCCAGGAGUUCUUGGGCCAAGCCGGUCGGCAGGGAAUAGAGGUCUCGCUCCAAAAGGUUGAGACUAGCAUCAGCAGUAUGUUCACAAGUCUCUUCUCCACCCUCGGCUUUGAUGAGUUAAGCCGUUUCCGAGAUAUGCUUCGUCGAGCUUUGCUCUUCCUCAACCCACGCACAGCGAAGACCUUUAUCAGCGAGGCUGUCGAUACCAAUUUGGCAGCUGUUGACAGUCACUGGAUCUUCAUCAAUGAGGAGAUCAACGACGCAGAUGUACGUGAGCUGGGCCGGAGGCUAACAGGGAGGCUGACUGUGAUCCGGCAGACGUUUCCCAUGUCCGAGAGCAAGAGCCAAUACUGUCUGAGCCAAAGGCACAGGUUCUCCUCCGCCAUGUGCAACCCCAAGGACCCCUUCACCCAGCACAUGGAGAUCUCCAAUCUCUACGUGUACGACAGUGUUUUGCUGCUGGCUGACGCCUUCCAUAAGAAGCUGGAGGACAGAAAGUGGCACAGCAUGGCCAGCCUGACUUGCAUCCGCAAAAACUCCAAACCCUGGCAAGGCGGAAGGUCCAUGAUCGAAACCAUCCAAAAGGGACAAGUAAGUGGAUUAACGGGAAUGUUAAAUUUCAGGGAAGACGGCGUAAAUGCCAACGUUCUGUUUGAAAUUCUGGGUACGAGUUACAGCGAGGAUAAGGAGCGAGGCAUUCAACGUCUGGGUGUGUGGAGCCCGACAAGUGGAUUUAACGGCUCGCUGGUGGAUCAAAAGCUGGACAACAGGAUGGAGGGCGUGACUCUGCGGGUCGUGACAGUUCUGGAGGCUCCGUUUGUUCUGGUGGCAGAGAACGUGUUUGGGCAGCCUAAAGAAUUCUGCGGCUACUCCAUCGACGUCCUAAACACCCUGUCACAGCAGCUCGGCUUCAAGUACCAAAUCUACCAAGUGCCCGACCGGCAGUACGGCAAAAUCCAGCGGAACGGCAAAUGGAACGGGAUGAUCGGAGAGCUGAUUAACAAGAGAGCUGACCUGGCGGUCUCCGCCUUGACCAUCACGCCGGAGAGAGAGAACGUGGUGGAUUUCACCGGCCGCUUCAUGGACUUCACCCUGGGUUUCCUGCUGAAAAAACCAGAGGACAAAGUGGACAUGUUCACCUGCCUGGCGCCCUUCGACCUGUCCGUGUGGGCGUGUAUCAUCGGCACCUUGUUUAUCGUGGGCCUCCUGAUCUGUAUGUUUACCUGGGCCACACCCUCCCCACUGCAGAUCGGGUCCGUCACGUCCACUACCCUGUACAAUGCCGUGUGGUUCGUGUACGGAUCCUUCGUACAGCAAGGAACGGGAGGAGAGAUCCCAAUUAACACGUUGGCAGUUCGCUUAUUGAUGGGCUUUUGGUGGCUCUUCGUCUUCAUAAUCAUCUCGACCUACACAGCAAACCUGACCGCCAUCCUAACCAGCAACCGCAUCGACAAUCCCAUUCGAUCUUUUCAGGACCUGGCUAAGCAAACAGACCUCCCCUUCGGCACGGUGCACAAUUCGGAAGUGUUUCAGAUAAUCAAGAUGAAGGGGCAGAACCCGUUUGAGGUUGAACAAACCUAUGCUCACAUGUGGAGCAUGAUAAACAGAACCGAGGGCUCAGAAAACCGGGUGAAGGAAGUGCACGAGGGAAUCCAGAGGGCAAAGGUCGGGAAUUAUGCCUUUGUGUGGGACGUGGCAGUGCUGGAGUACGUGGCGGAGAACGAGCCCGAUUGCGCCUUCGUCACGGCAAGGAACUCCAAAGUGGAUCGUGGCUACGGCAUUGCUCUGCAGGACGGCAGCCCAUACAGGGACAUCUUCUCACACAGGCUUUUGGAGUUGGAGCAGAGUGGGGAGCUGGACGCCCUGAAGAGGAAGUGGUGGCCAGAGGCGGGGAUGUGUGACUUACAGACUCAUGGCAAGGGACACGGCAAAGGCGGGGCUAUGGCGCUGCACAACUUUGCGGGGGCAUUUGGCUUCCUGGCCUUGGGCGUGAUUCUGGCUUUAACUGCAGCCAUGUUGGAAAUCUGGUGGAAGAACAAAAAGAAAACAAGUUCUCUCACAGAGGAGGACAAAGAGGUGGAGAUGGAACAGUUUGAGAAGCAGGUGGACGACCUGUGUAAGACUGAGGACAAUCCGCUGAAGUUCUCCCCGUCCUUUGUGGACCUGAACUCUUUCGAGCUGUCCAUGGUGCCGGCUGGGGAGACGCUGGAGACCUUCAGUGACUUCAGGAACACUAUGACCAUGUCAACCUUCAUCCCCGAACAGAUGAGGAGGACAAGCGCGUGUAGCUUAUCAGCUAAGACUCUCUCGGGAUUGCCGAUGGGCGGCACGCCCGUCUCACAGACCCCGCAGUGCGGGUGCACGUCCCGUGAUGACGAGGACCGCUCCAGCCCCUCGACCUUCCUCUGA